AUGAUGGCUAUUCUUCCUUGGUUCACCCAGUUGUUUUUUCUAAUUCUUAAUGUUUUUAUCGGUAUUAUAUACUCGGAAAUGUGUGGAAGCGUUUUUGAAAGCAAAAACGGUAAGUAAAACCCGCUAAAACCAUGUAUCGCUGAGAGUCUUGAAUCACAAAUUCAAGAUGUAAAAAUGGCUCAAAAUGUUAUAAAGCAGGCGAAAAAAUAAUAUGUUUUCAGAUAUUUUGUCAUAAAUGGAUUGAGAUUUUCUUAAAACUGAAUUAUUGUUUAAGAGAUUAGGUUUACCGACGUUAGUCCUAGAAACAAAGUCAGAAAAAACUUGGUUUCAUUUCACAGCAAUAAUUUUUUUUAAAACAAGUAUAGGUAUAGCGCUAUUAUAUGUAAUACUGACCAUUUUCGCUGAAAAAACUUUUGCGACAGGAGCGAGAUUACAAUAUUGCAAAUAAGCUUAUGAGUAUUUCAGUUUUCAUUUUCCGCGAUUAUUUUUAGUCUAGUAUCAGCGAUGACUAUUUUAACCAUAUAUAUUUUUCAGACCAUGUAUUAGUUGGUAAUAUCAUUAACACUUCAGUCGUUGCUGAUGAGUUUGAAUGUCACCAAAAAUGCCUCGGACAUAUCAGCUGCAGGUCAUUUAAUGUUCAUCCUGGUGGAGAUAUUACAAAACACGUUUGUGAGCUGAACAACAAAACACGGCAAAUGAAGUCGGUUGAUUUUAUAGAGAAGAGCGGAUCCUCAUUUUACGGACAAGUGAAGGUCAGGUCACCAGGAGACUAA